UUUUUUUUAUUUCUACUAACAAAUUACACAAAAAUUGGAUAUCAUAUUGCAACAUUUGCCUAAAUUAAACUAAAGUGCUUGCUCGGAAUACACUAAUUCGAACCAGGGAAAAGAAAAAAUGCCUUUGUGGUAGCUGAAAGGUUUUUUUUUUUUUAACGGCAGCUGAAAGGUCUCCUAGAGAAGCCCAAAGGUUUUAGAGAAGCCCAAGAGGCAGAGGGGUGGCAAACAAAACCCAACGCCAUCGCAGGAGUUGGUAAAACCCCAGGUGAGCACAAGAAACCCUACCGCCGCCGCCGCUUCCUCUCCUCUUCUUCUUCCACCACCGGAGCAGAGGAAACCAAACCAUGGCCCCCAUCGUGCGCCCCUCCAAAUCUGGCUCCAACUCCGAUUCCGAUUCCCACGCUCACCACCCUCCUCCUGAGCCGCCGCAAGAAAGCUCUGACGGCGAGGACUUGGAGCUCGAGUCCUCCGAGGAACUUGAUUCGCAUGGGGCGCCCACCAAGAAAGCCCCCUUCGUCGCCCCGCCGCCGCCGCCGCCGCCGCCGCCGCCGCCCCAGCAGAAUGGGAAGGAGGUCUCCGAUUCGCCAUCGCUGCCCACCAAUAGUGCCAUCGUCCUCUCCCCGCUACCACCACCGCUGCAGGCGAACAAGAAUCACCAAGACCAAGAUUCUGAGUCUGAUUCCGAUUCUGAUGACGACGAGCCACCGCUGCCCACCAACAAUGCAAUCGUCCUCGCCCCGCCGAACAACCAGGAGUCUGAGUCUGAUUCUGAUUCUGAUGACGACCAAGAGUCAGCGCUGAAGGCGAACAAGAUUGUGUCCUCGUCCGGCGAUGACGACCAAGAGUCCGAUUCCAGUGACGACGAGACGCUGCCAGCGCUUCAGGCCAACAAGAAUGCGUCUCCGUCCGAUGAUGAUGAGGAUGACGACCAAGAGUCCGAUUCCGGUGACGACGAUGUGCUGCUGGACCCCGCGCUUCAGGCGAACAAGAAUGUGCUUGCCUUCAAUGGGAAGAGGAAGGUGCCGCCGCAAGAGGUUGGUCAGUCUCUUCGGCAGCCCAAGAAGAAGAAGAUGGAGGCACCAGCCCAAGGAAACACAGACAUUGACACGCAAUUCAAGGAGAAGAUUGCGUCCUACUUUUUCCUUGGGAAGGUGGUUUCUCUUCUGGAUGAAGAGCACCCCGACUUGUUUAAGGAGGCUUUCUUGAAGCUUGCUGACAGCAAGGCCAGUGCCCUGGAUGCUAAGAUCAAGCAGCUGACUUUGGCUCAGGUCAGGGUGUCUUUGAAGGGGCGUGACCUGGAGAAGGAACUGAUCAAGUUGCUGUCGGGCUUCCUCAAGUGAUCAUUAUAGACAUGGAGAAAACUUCAAGGAAGUGGGGGCUGACUGGACUGGGGUACAGUAUGCUAAUGCACCUGGUCAUUUUGCUUUUGAUUCUGGCUCAUAUCAACCUCGUUGGUAUCGUCUCAUUUUGGUCCAAGAUGGACAUGUUUAAUCUACUGAUGUAAAUACUCUGGUGAUUUGGGACCACCAAGACUAGCUACUCUACCCCAUAUUUAGAUAGUACUAGCUUAUAUUCCACUGAACUACCUGCACAACAGUUAUUAAUCAUGGUAAACUUCAGUUAAGCUUCAUUCAGAAGCACGCUGUUAUUCUGGUUUUGGUAUGAAUGAUGGUAUUGUGCGACUUCGACGGAACACAAGGUGAAUAGAAGAUCGUAGGGAGGUUUGGAUUCUAUGAUUUUCAUGAA